AUGGAGGUCGGUGGCCGAGUGAAAAAUGUUGCAACUUCUUUACAACUUCAACAACCACCAGCGCCACCGCGAGAGCCACAGUGGAAGAUCAUAAUGGUGGCCGCGAUAGCGGCCGGAAUACAAUUCGGGUGGGCAUUACAGCUCUCUCUUCUGACUCCAUAUGUGCAGCUACUGGGCAUACCUCACAAAUGGGCCGCCUACAUCUGGCUCUGCGGCCCGGUUUCCGGCAUGCUCGUGCAGCCCGUAGUUGGUCAUUACAGUGACAACUGCUCCUCCCGGUUUGGCCGCCGCCGCCCCUUUAUUGCGGCUGGAUCUGCCCUUGUUGCCAUAGCAGUCUUCCUCAUUGGAUUUGCUGCCGAUCUUGGCCACUCCUCCGGUGACUCCCUCGGAAAUUCCCCCAAGCCCCGGGCAAUUGCUGUUUUUGUUGUUGGCUUUUGGAUCCUUGAUGUGGCCAACAACAUGUUGCAGGGUCCUUGUAGAGCGUUCUUGGCUGAUCUUUCUGGUGGCAGUGCACGUAGAAUGGCAAUGGCAAAUGCACUAUUCUCCUUUUUCAUGGCUGUUGGCAAUGUUUUGGGGUAUGGUGCAGGUUCAUAUACUCAUCUCUACAAGAUGUUUCCAUUUUCAAAGACAAAAGCUUGUGAUGUUUACUGUGCAAAUCUAAAGAGCUGUUUUUUCCUUUCAAUAGCCCUUUUACUUACCCUUUCAAUAUUGGCUUUAACCAUGGUACAUGAAAAGGCCACUGCCCCUUCGACGGCGGACCAAACCGGCGGUGGGUUGGAGGGUGGUAAAAAGGGAGGUGAGAUACCUGUUUUUGGGGAAUUGUUUGCUUCUUUAAAAGAUUUGCCUAGGCCUAUGUGGAUUUUAAUGUUGGUGACUUGUUUGAAUUGGGUUGGUUGGUUUCCUUUCUUGUUGUUUGAUACUGAUUGGAUGGGGAGGGAGGUUUUUGGCGGAACGGUGGGUGACAACGGGUUGUAUGACAAGGGUGUGCGGGCUGGUGCACUCGGUUUAGUGCUCAACUCAGUGGUGUUGGGAUUCACUUCCUUGGCAGUCGAGUUUCUCGGGCGGCGACUUGGCGGGUCGAAGAGACUUUGGGGCAUUGUCAACUUCUUGCUGGCCUUAUGCCUGGUCAUGACGGUUGUGAUUACCAAAGUGGCCGAGUCUACGCGACGGCACACCAUCACUAGUGGUGGUCACACCGCCACUUUGAAGCCGGUGGCCGGUGUCAAGGUGGGAGCUUUGACUCUCUUUGCAGUUCUUGGCAUUCCUCAAGCGGUGACUUUUAGUAUUCCGUUUGCUUUGGCAUCCAUAUUUUCUAGUAAGCACGGUGCAGGACAAGGUCUAUCACUAGGAGUUCUAAAUCUUGCCAUUGUUAUACCCCAGAUGGUGGUGUCGGUAGUGGCCGGACCAUGGGAUGAAUGGUUCGGAGGUGGUAACUUACCGGCGUUCAUUGCCGGGGCUGUGGCAGCUGUGGCCAGUGGGAUUUUUGCAUUAACUGUGCUUCCAUCUCCCGAUAUAUCGUCAAUCAAGACUAUGACAAGUAUUAUUUUAUCUCAAUGA